AUGCGGCCAACCACCCAAUUGCCGCUGCGGGCGGUCUCGCGCAUCAUCAGCACGCCCAUCCACACCCGUCCUCUCCAUGCCACGACAUACAAAGCAGCCAGCGUCGCCUCCGUCCUCGGCACCGGGCCACCACCGGAGCCGCCGACCGCAGCCGUUCGCAACAUGAACGAACGAAUCGAGCGCCGGCGGAAACAGGCCGACCUGCUGAAGCAAGCCAAAGUCAUAAGAAAUGCAAAGGAUGGCAAGACCACGGCCCUGCGGAAGAGGUUUUGGAAGGAUGUCAGCGUGCAAGAAGUAGACGGCGCUCUCCAAGUCCACCUCGAUACACGGCCGCUGCGACACCCGCAGACCAAGGAAGUCAUUCGACUGCCCCUCUCCAAGCCCAACCUCGCCUUCGCCAUCGCCCUCGAAUGGGACACCAUGACGUCGUCGCUGCAGGCCACCAAGCAGCACUUCAUCCCCCUGACCUCACUGGCCUGCCGGGCUCUGGACAUUGAAAAGGACGACGCGUCGAGCGCGCCCGGCGCGGCCACGAUCCGAAACGACAUCACCACCAGCGUCCUGCGGUACCUCGACACCGAUUCGCUGCUGUGCUGGGCGCCGCCCGCGGGCGAGUAUGACCUGCGCAACGACGCGGGCGAGUCUCUCCGCGACGUGCAGAAGCGCACGACCGACGAGAUUGUCUCGUUCAUGACGACGCACGUCUGGCCCGGCAUCAGGCUGGAGCCCGUGCUCGACGGCCACGCCAUCAUGCCCAGGAAGCAGGACGACGGCGUGCGGGAAGUCGUCCAGGGGUGGGUGUCUGGCCUGAGCCCCUGGGAAAUGGCAGGGCUGGAGCGAGCCGUGCUGGCGGGCAAGAGCCUGGUCGCCGCGGCGCGCUUCAUCACCGAGUGGAGCGAGGGACCUGUCAGGAAGCCCAACCUGUCCGGCCAUGUGCAGUUUGGCGUGGAGGAAGCCGCCAAGACGGUCAGUCUGGAGGUGGAUUGGCAGGUAACACAGUGGGGAGAGGUUGAAGACACGCACGAUGUGAAUAAUGAGGAUGUGCGCAGACAGUUGGGCAGCGUUGUGUUGCUGGUUUCGGGAACGGGCAAGCAUGCCUAG